AUGACAACGGCAGCAGAUGCCCUCGCGGUGGCUUACGCAGCGACCACGGCUAUUACGGCAACUACAGCCCGAAUUGAUGCUAUUGAGCAAGGCCAGUUAACUAUUUCGACCCAGUUAACGGCAUUGUCAACGCAACUCCAGACUCUAUUCGCGAAUACCAGUGGCGGUGGUGGUGGCGGUGGCGCUGGUGGUGGCGGCGGUGCGGGAGGAAGUAGCGGAGUAAGUGGCAGUCGUGGAGCUGGUAGCAGCGGUGGCGCUGGUGGAGGUGGAGGUGGCGGCGCCAGUGGUGGUGGUGGCCAUAUACCUCAACGCAGACGGCUUGAUUCUUCAGGCGUUGACAAGUUGCAUGCAGAUAUCACAAUUUCUUUAUUACGUUCAUGGAGGAAUCGAUGGAACGAUUUCGCCGAGCUGAGCCAGCUGAUAACGUAUACCCCGGCGGAACAAAUGGCAGCGUUUCGGAUGGCCUUGGAUCCCACAAGUGGUGGAGGUGGCGUUGGGGAUUUUGCCAACGGCAACGACGUCGCCAGACCAGGUGUUGGAUCUCAUCACGGAUUAUGUUCGUGCUAA